AUGCGCGUCCUAGAUACAUGGACAGGACUGUUCGUGGAGGUAGAUCCGGAGAGGAAACAGUUCGCCAUUCUGUCACACACCUGGAGGAAGAAGGAGCAGACCUUCGUGCCGGAUGAUCAUCUCAUCUGGCGUGACGCGAACCUCUCUCGGAAGAUCCGAGACGCCUGCAGAGUCGCACGCGAGGCUGGGUACAGGUACCUCUGGAUCGAUUCUUGCUGCAUCGACAAGACGAGCAGCUCCGAGUUGUCCGAAUCGAUCAACUCGAUGUGGCAGUGGUACGGCCGUGCAAAGGUGUGCUUCGCCCACCUUGCUGACGUCCCCUCUGGCGACGACCCUCGUGCGGCUGAAUCCACGUUCCGUAAGAGCCGAUGGUUCACGCGCGGGUGGACGCUCCAGGAGCUCAUCGCCCCUUCAACUGUGGUGUUCCUCUCCCAGGACUGGAAUGCCAUUGGAACGAAGCUCACGCUGAUUAGUCCCCUCGAGGAGAUCACAAGUAUCCCCGCAGAGGCGCUGCUUCACACAAAGUCGCUCGACGACUUCAGCGUGGCUCAACGACUGUCAUGGGCAGCGCGGCGGGAGACUACAAGGAAGGAAGACCGAGCAUAUUCUCUGUUGGGAAUCUUCAGCAUCAACAUGCCUACGCUCUAUGUUACGACUGACUGUCGAGCGAGUAAGUGGAGACGAGCGAGGCAGGCAGGAGCGCCGACGAGCUCUGAUCGCAGUGAGACUGGAGCGGAGCUCAACAGGCAGGACUGGAGACAAGUUGUGUAUUGA